GAAGUUAGCAUUUCUUUAAUGUACCUAUUCUCUGGUUGUUUUUUUAUGAAAAAUGGAUUUGUCGGCUUACAGAAAUCUUGUUGAUUUUAAAAAUAUAUGCCGUACGUGCAUGAAUAAUCAAAAUUUGAGACACAAAAUCCGUGAUGAAAAUAUUAAGGUCGAUAACAAUAACACCUCGGUUUUAGAGCUGCUCAAUGUUAUUUACGAAGUCAAAUUACACAAAGGGUUUCCCGACGAAAUAUGCUCAACCUGUUUGGAACAACUGCGUUCCUUCUAUAAGUUCAAACUCCAGAUUGAAAAGUCCGAAUCAGUUUUAAAGAAGCAUUUAGGACCAUUCGACGAAAAUCACACCGCUAUCAAUUCCUUCGCUCAACAUAAAAUCGGCCUAAAUACCCUAUCUUUCACCAAGCAACAUAGUUCACAUAUUACAAAUACAGUAUUUGUGAAAAAUGAUUUUAGCAAUUUUGUUCUAUCAAAAUACAACGAAGCCGAUAUAGAUUUGGGUCCUUUAAAAAUAUCCGACGAGAAGGAUGACAAUGUUGAAACCAUCGAUAACAAGAAACCUGAGACUGAAAAACGUAAAGACUUUACAGGGAGAGUAUUUUCAGACUGUGAAGAGAAUUCACUGCAGGAAAAUGACCCAAGUGUGGAAAUAAAUCCUGCCGUUUGUACAAUUUGUAAUAAAACAUUCAAGUCAAAGUACAUUCUAAAUGUGCAUUUAAAGAGACACAAGUUUAAGGGCCAGUAUCUGUGCACCCUGUGUGGUAAAGGGUUCAAUUCUCAGGGAUGUCUUAACAGGCACGCCAGAGUCCACACUGGCGAGAAGAACUACCAAUGCGAAACAUGCCAGAAACGCUUCCCAUCAUCCAACAAUUUGAAUAUCCAUCUAAGAACGCAUACUGGUGUGAAGCCUUAUCUCUGCAAUCUAUGUGGGAAAUCUUUUACUAAUCGCACAGGAUUGAAUUUCCAUGUGAGGACUCACAGUAAAGAAAGACCGUAUGCAUGCGACGUGUGUGGAAAAUCGUUCGGGGCUCAAAGCCAUCUGGACUGGCACAAGAUGAUUCACACUGGCGAGAGACCGUUUCCUUGUGAUCAAUGUGAGAAAGCGUUCAUCAAGAAGUGCGACCUGCAGAGGCACCAGUCGGUGCACACGGGCGAAAAACCCUUCCCUUGUGCCUAUUGCGACAAAAGGUUCAGUACCAAGGUGCAUCUGCAGUACCAUACCAUGAUCCAUACCGAAGAGAGGCCACACCAGUGUCCUAUUUGCGGCAAGGGUUUUAUUCGACGGUACUAUUUGCGAGAUCACAUGCUCAAACAUCACGGCACUUUGGACGGUACUACUUUGGAGGAAAAGGGAUCCGUUAGGAAGUGAUAUGUUAUCUAGUUUUAUAGAAAUAAAUUGUUUUUCUUAGUUUA